AUGUCCAACUCGGAUUACCUCCCGGACUACCCGCUCAACUCGGACUUUGUAAAGAGAUUAAAGGCGGCGCUGGACACUGGGGACGAGGGCAGAGUGGCCAGCUUGAUCUGCUCUGAGGUCCAACACGUGGAUGCCGUUAUAGAGCUGUCCAAUGACGACUGGAUGAAGGACCCUGCUGCCCAGCUGCCCACUGGUGUGCUGACAGGGGACCUGAGCCACCUUCAGCUCCUCAUGGACCAGUUCUUCCAAGAUGCCAACGUGGUGAUUGAGAUUCAUAGCGAUGAGAUGGAGUGGCAGGUGAAGUCACCAGCCACCUUUGGACUCUCAGGCCUCUGGACCCUGGAAUACAAGCGGGAGCUGACCACGCCCCUGUGCCUCGCAGCUGCCCGCGGCCGCACCGCCUGCCUGCAUCACCUGCUGACCCAGGGCGCCCACCCUGACUCCAGCCCGGGUGGCCGCAGUGCGCUCCACGAGGCCUGCCUGGGUGGCCACACGGCCUGUGCCCGCCUGCUGCUGCACCACCACGCACACCCUGAUCUGCUCGACGCCGACGGCCUGGCGCCCCUGCACCUCUGCCGAACGGCCGCCUCAUUAGGGUGCGCUGAGGCGCUGCUGGAGCACAGGGCCUCGGUGCAGCUGGACGGCGGCCCGGCCCGGGACACGCCGCUCCACGUGGCCGCGCAGCACGGCUUGGACGACCACGUGCGCCUCUACCUGAGCCACGGGGCGCGCGUGGACACACGGAACGGCCGCGGAGAGACGGCUCUGAGCGCCGCCUGCGGAGUGGCGUGGCGACCCGAGGAGCACGCGCGCAGCCUGCGCCUGUGCGCGCUGCUGCUGCAGCACGGGGCUGACGCGGACGCGCGCGACGAGGACGAGCGCAGCCCGCUGCACAAGGCCUGCGGCCGCGUGCUGCAGACCUGUGCGUCCACUCCAACGGUCAUCGAGGUUCUCUUCAACUCCUACCCUCAGCUCCAUGUGUCCGAGUCCUGGAAAGGGGUCAUCCCCGAGGAGGAGCUUCAGAUGCACCAGCCUUUCUACCAGUCGCUCUUCGCCCUGGCCAGCACGCCCCGCUGUCUGCAGCAUCAGAGUCGCUGUGCCAUCCGCAAGCUGCUCGGGAAGAAGUGCUCCCUCCUGGUGCCGCGCCUGCCCUUGCCAAAGGCCCUGCGUGACUAUCUGCUCCUGGAGCCCGAGGGGCUUCUGCGCUGA